AUGGGCCUAGUUCGGAUGGCGGUCAACCCCGCGUUUUCGAAGCCACAAAAGCUGGGGAAGUCAAGAAAUAUUGUGGAGAGGGUGAAGCAAAGACGGGCGGUUAACCGCACUUCAGGUCCACUCAUUCAUUGCCUUGUCUGGGGUGAUUUGAUGGUCAUCUCCAUCAUGGGUACGCCAUGGCCCAUCAGAGCUUCCCUCUUCAAGGAGGAGUCGUCAUCGGAGGCCCAACUGUUGUACCUCUCCGGGUCCGUACUCCGUAUUGGAGCGGGGAAAAUGGAGUCGCGUCUCGAGAGCUGUUUGUUGAAGCUCAACAUUUACUGUGCAACCAACGCAACGGUGUGGCUUUCCGUGGCAAUUUUAAAAGGGCAAAGUGUUGAACAGCACUGGUCUGCCAUUCCUCUCACACUCUCCUACGCUGCUUCAUCGCCGCCUGCAGACCCCAAGGUUUCUUCAGCCGCCAGCAUGAUGUCCCGCUCGGGCCAAUCGACUGAAAAAGUCGUAAUGCCCUUCAACCAUGACGAAUAUGCUGCUGGUGACAACAAAGCCGUCAGCGACACGGAUGACAUGGGCGUCGGAACGGUCGCGACACCACCUAAUUUUGACCAUGUUGAUGAAAAGAAGAUUCUUUGGAAGAUGGAUAUCCGUUUGAUCCCCAUGCUGGCGCUCCUCUACCUCCUCUCAUUUCUUGACCGCGGAAACAUUGGCAACGCCGACGUCGAAGGCCUCAGUGCCGAUCUCGGCAUACAACCGGACCAGUACAACUGGUGCCUCACCGUCUUCUUCUUCACCUACGCCGCGUUCGAGGUCCCGUCCAACCUGCUCCUCAAGAAGCUCCGCCCCAGCCGCUGGCUGCCCACCAUCAUGGUGGCAUGGGGACUCGUCAUGACGCUCAUGGGCCUGGUUCAGAACUACCACGGCCUCCUGAUUGCGCGCAUCUUUUUGGGCGUCACCGAAGCCGGUCUCUUUCCCGGGGUCGCUUUCCGCCAGGCGCUUUUCUUCAGCGCCGCCUCCGUGGCCGGUGCUUUCAGCGGCCUGCUGGCAUUUGCAAUCAGCAAGAUGAACGGCACGGCCGGGCUCGAAGGCUGGCGGUGGAUCUUCAUCCUCGAGGGAAUCGCUACCGUCCUCGUCGCGUUUUGCGCCUUCUUCCUGAUUCAUGACUUCCCCGAUACGGCGUCAUUCUUGACAGAGGAUGAGAAGGCGUUUGUGAUUCACCGCCUCAAGUAUCAGGGCCAGACGGUGAUGGGCGGUGGCGAUGCCGAGACGCAGGCAAGGGCGCAGGUGGAGCAGGCCGAGGAGUUUGAAUGGAAGUAUGUCUGGCAGGCGUUUAAGGACUGGCAGAUUUGGGUGAAUGUUCUCGUGUACUGGGGUAUUGUCUGCCCACUCUACGGAAUCAGCUUGUUCCUGCCGACCAUUAUCAAGAGCCUAAACUAUUCCAAAACAGAAGCGCAGCUCAUGACGGUCCCGAUCUACAUCACUGCCGCGAUAUUGGCCGUCAUUGUCGCCUUUUGCUCCGAUCGAGUCGGCAAACGGAGCCCGUUUGUGAUUGGCUUCAUGUGCAUGAUGCUGGUGGGAUUCGCAAUGUGCAUUGCCUCGAGCAACCCCAAGGUGGUGUACGGUGGUGUCUUUGUUGCCGCGUGUGCGAUUUACCCUGCUUUCCCUGGUGUCAUUGCCUGGCUGUCGAACAACUUAUCCGGCAGCUACAAACGCAGUGCGGGCAUGGCCCUGCAGAUUGGUAUCGGUAACCUCGGGGGUGCCAUGGCCUCGAACUUUUACCGAAAGAAAGACAAGCCUCGCUACUUCCUGGGCCACGGCCUGGAAAUCGGCUUCAUUGUGCUGGGUAUCGCUGCGGCAUUCAUUCUCGUGUUGGGCUAUAGGUGGCUCAAUCGCAAGAGGGAGAGACAGUUGGCUGAGGGGCAGGACAAGAACUACACCGCGGCUGAAAUGUCGGCGCUGGGAGACAAGGCGAUUACAUUUAGAUACAUGUAUUAG